UACUAGAUCCUCUAUUUCCAAUUUCCACACUUGAAAUCAAACACAGACGACGAGCAUGAACUUCUCGAAGGCGGAUUGCAAGUCUAAGAUGGUGCAUGGCAUGGUCAUGCUUGUUUUCAUUUGCAGCACAUGCCUGGUGCGUGUACAGAGAGUCGAGGCUGCCGAUCCCGAUCCUCUGGUCGACUUUUCGGCAAACGCAACUACACCAGUCUUCCGCAACAUCUUUGUCAACGGAGACGUAUCUCUCGGAUCUGGAGGCGUUCGAGCAGCUCUCGACAUCGGAAAAUUCCCCGGCCUUACGUCUGAGGGUCUGACCGUUGUUCAGUUCAAGAUGGUACCAUGCGGAGAGAACGUGCCACACACGCACCCGCGUGCCACAGAGCUCCUUUCCUUGAUCAGUGGUGGUCCUCUCCAAGCUGGCUUCGUAGAUACCAAAGGAGAAACUCAUAUGAACAUUCUCUACCCAGGAGAUCUCAUCGUCUUUCCUAGGGGUUUGUUACAUUUUGAAGUAAAUGUUGGGACAGAAACAGCUUUCUACAUUUCUGCUCUGAACAGCCAAAAUCCAGGCACUUUGGACGCUGCUGGAGCGGUUUUGCAAUUGCCGGAGCGUGCAGCUGCUAUAGCUCUCAAUAUUGAUAUUGCAGCGGUUCGAGCCAUGAAAUCACAGAGACCUUACAACGAGCCCCCGACUCUGGAGGCUGCCAAGCCAGGAGUGUGUGUGCCCGGCCAGUUGAUUACCACCACCGUCUGACAAGAUGUAGAGUGUGUGGACAAUGUGAUACAUAAUUGAAGAAAGUGGAAAUAUAGCGCACAAACCCUCCUGAGCUAAAUUUGAAAGUUCCGAUAAUCCUCCGCACUUGUUCAUAUGCUCAUAUUCCCGUCUAUUCUUCAUGUCGGACAUCUUGUGAAGCCGAAAGCUGUACUUAAGCAAUAAAUCGUGCAAUUAA